CAUUACUCUCUUCUAAGCUCUUAUCACAAUUCACAAGUUACAAGAAACACAAACUUUAUAUUAUACAAAAAAAAAAAGAAGAAAAAAAAAAGAAGAUGACAUUGCUAGCGUUGGUCCUUGUCAUUGCCUUCAGCACAAACUCACUUCUCGGAGCAGCUUCUCCUGCCCCGGAGCAAGUGGUUGACACCAACGGCAAAAAGGUCCGAUCCGGUGUCAAUUACUAUAUUGUCCCUGCUUCUAACCCUUACGCGGGUAUCGCCGUCACGGUUUCGAAAAUCAACCAAACUUGUCCAUUAAAUGUUGUAGCUGGGGACUAUUCCAAUGGUCCCUUACCCUUGCAUUUUUUACCGGUUAACGAGAAAAAAGACGUUAUUCGUGUCAACACUGAUCUCAACAUUCACUUCACAGAAAUGGGUGAUGAAUGUCCGGAAUCACCGGUGUGGAUGCUUAAGGACUAUGAUCCUUCUUCGGAUGCAGAAACCUUGGUGACCCUUGGAGGUGAAUUGGGAAACCCUGGAAAAGAGACACUUAUGGAUUGGUUCAAGAUUGAGAAGCACGAGGAUGCAUAUAAAUUGUUCUAUUGUCCGAAUGUGUACUAUGAAAGUUAUGGAUGCAGUGAUAUAGGGAUAUCUGAGGAUGCAUUUGGAAAUAAACGUCUUGCUCUCACUAAUGUUCCAUACAAAGUUCGAUUCCAACCUGCUUGAAGAAGCUAUCUUAGCUUCAUGUAUCUAUAAUAAAUGUUAUUAUUAGUGACGCAUGUUUUUGAAUAUGUGUGAAUGUAUGUGCGAUGUAACGAUGCAUGAAUAAUUAUGCAUGCAAUUCGGAAUGGAUUAAAUAAAUAAACAAAUAAACAAGUUGUAAUUUUCUUUAUUACCU